AUGGCUUCUGUGAAGUUGACCGCCCCAAAUGGGCGAACAUACCUCCAGCCUACAGGGCUAUUCAUCAACAACCAGUGGAUAAAAUCGUCUGAUGGCGGUAAGAUUGUCAGCAUCAAUCCUACCAACGAAAAGGAAAUCAUCUCAGUGUACGCAGCGACGGCUCAUAAUAUCGAUAAGUCAGAACACCCCCAUUCGGCCACCCCCCCCAUUCGGCCACCCUAUCAAAAGUAG